UUCUAUUUUUAAGAAAAAGCAGGUGGAGAACGUGGGCAUCUUUUGGAAUAUCCGAGUAAUUGUGCCAAAGAAAAAAGGUAGACCUCAGCUGUGUUGCUGCACGGAAUUUCUGAUUUUGGGAAUUGGCUUGUAGUCUUGUUAUUUCUUUUCUUUUCUUUUGAUUGUUCUUUUUGGUUGAACGUAGUGACGUUACUAAGUUGAGUAUUGAAAGGAUUUGUGGUUUGUAUGUAAUAUAUAGCUCUAUUAUCUUUCUUCUACACUCCUAAUCUCUAUCAAAAGCUCAAAUUGGGCAGAUAGAUACAAAGCCCAUUAGGGUAGAGAUACGUCCGCAACUCGGGAGUAAGCCUAACCUCAAACAAAUAUCCAUGCUCACGCAGUAGAAGCUUCCAAGCUCCUUUACCCAAAAAUCACCUAAGAAACUCUGCUAAGAAAAACCACGGGCAAACACACUCAGCACCGUGUGCAAUCAUAACAGAGAUGCAACCGAACUAAAUGCCAUCAAUGAGAGUUCUCUGAAAAGCUACAAGCGAAAAUAAAAACAAUAAAUCAUAAACUUGCUAAAAUUCGGUGUGAACGUCAUAGAUAACAACUGCAUUAUCAAAUAGUUGGAGAGGGAUCGUUUCCAUGCUUUCAAGCCAUAGGCCGUUGAGGAGAUGUUGUUGAGUGCUGGCAACCUGUUACAGAUCCUCCAGCAAGUGAAGGGCAAAAUUUGUCCCCCCAUUUACCAAAAACCCUAAUCACAAUUCCUUUUUCAACAGCUUGAUUUGUUAAGCUUUACUUGCUAUUUUUUACAAUGGCAAGCCCUAAAAUCAAUUAUUUUUAUUUUAUUUCUACAAAAGGGUAAAAACGAGAGAUUGAAAGAAAAUUGGAGUCAACAUUGUCAGGCACUAUCAAAAUACCAACAAAUUAUUCCUUUUUGUUCCUGGUGGAUACAACCAGAAGCAGCUGCAGUUGCAACUGCAACUGCUCGCGUACGCACGUGCCAUGAACAACUCCCACACGAGUGGAAGACCCCUCGAUCAAAACUCUCACGCGCACGCUCUUCAGGAAGAGAGAAAAGGCAGAAAUGGAGAGAGUGCGAGCGAGAGAGGGCCUCUCUCCGUCGCGCAGAGCUUGAAGCAAUUCUUGCAUUGAUUGCAUCUCUGGUUGCUCCUCUCGACCAUCAUCGUUCCACUCGUGAGAAUUUCAGAUGAUAGCAUUGAUCCCCAUGUUUAAUUUUGAAUAGGAUAGCAGCUCUUUGUUUUCCUUUGGUGCUGCUUUUCAUUUGGGUAUGGAGCACCUUCCUGUUGAAGUGAUAGGCAACAUACUAUCUCGGCUCAAGGCUGCCCGAGAUGUUGUCAUUGCGUCCACCACUUGCAAGAAAUGGCGUGAAGCUUGGCGUAUCCAUCUUCACACUCUUUCCUUCAAUUCAAAUGACUGGCCUGUUUACCAUGACCUCACCACCAGCAGAUUGGAAAUUCUCAUAACUCAAACCAUAUUCCAAACAACUGGACUACAAAGUUUGUCGAUUUUCAUGGAUGAUGCAGAUGAGUUCUCGGCUGCCCCUGUGAUUGCUUGGCUUAUGUAUACUAGGGAAACACUCCGUGAAUUGCAUUAUAAUGUGAGGACCACCCCAAAUAUUAACAUAAUUGAGAAAUGUGGUCGGCAUAAGCUGGAAGUGUUAGCAUUAGCUCAUAAUUCUAUAUCAGGUGUUGAACCCAGUUAUCAGAAAUUUCCUUGCUUGAGAUCACUCGCUCUGAGCUUUGUUAGUAUCUGCGCUCUGGAUUUAAGCCUUUUGCUGACUGCUUGUCCAAGAAUUGAGACCUUGACCCUUAUUAAUCCAGAUGUUGUCAUGUCCGAUGCACAGGCAACUAUGGAGCUGACCAGCUCCUCGCUCAAGGAAAUCUAUGUUGAAGCAAUUAGUUUGGAUAAAUUCAUAUUGGAGGCUGAUAGUCUUGAGAAGUUGCAUUUGAAAGAUUGUACCCUGGAGCUUUUUGAGCUUAUUGGCAAGGGGACAUUGAGAGUUCUAAAGAUUGAUGAUGUAAGUGUUCUCCAACUUGAUAUUGGUGAGAGCACAGCCAAUCUUGAGGUUGUGGAUGUUAGCAACUUCACUAUCACAGGCCCAAAGUUCUACAAUAUGAUAUCAAAAUCAUCAAAAUUGAUGAGGCUUCGGCUCUGGGGAGUAGUAUUUGAUGAUGAAGAUGAGGUUGUUGAUCUGGAGAACAUGCCUGUUUGCUUUCCUCGGUUAACCCACCUGUCAUUAAAUUACGAUUUAAGAGAUGAAGUUCUUCAUUAUGGCUUGCAUGGAUCAUAUCAAUUUAACAAUGUUGCUGUGUUAGAAUUGGGAUGGUCAGUAAUCAAUGAUCAAUUUACAGACUGGGUGGCAGGACUCCUAGCUAGAUGUCCCAAUUUGAGGAAAUUGGUCAUUUAUGGGGUUGUGUCUGAGGCUAAAACCCACGUUGAGUGCCAGAUUUUAGCUAACUUCACCUCAUCCAUUGUUCGUCUUAUGAGAAAAUAUAUGCAUGUUGAAGUUCAGUUUGAGUAUGAAUAGAAGUUUUGCAAUAUGCAUUGGUCUUGCACUGGAAGAAGUAUGUUACUCAAAAGGAAAUGCUGAUCAGCGCCUUCUUUAAUUCUCAACUUUGAAAAUUGGAGACGAUUAUUUUUCUUUCCUUGAUUCGUUAGUAACUUUGGAAAUUUAGUUUCUGCUGUUAGAUUUUACUGAUCAUCUUUCAUCAGAUAGUUCAAAACCAGAAGCAGUGUAUUUUUGUUCUGUGUUUAGUUGCCAUGCCAUUGCCAAAUAUUGAAGAUUCUGCAGACUAAUUGAGGGACAGAAGCUAUUUUUCUAUGUCAUCUUCCUUGUAAGGUUUUG